AUGUGCCCCAUAUUUAAAAAUGCUGAAAUCAAUCGUGAUAAUAUCGGUGAUUUCAUGAAACAAUUCGCUGAAGAGAGAAAUAUCAUGAACCAACCAAGAAAAAGUUUGAUCGGUAGUAAUCAUGCUACCAAGAUACUCCUCGCCACUCAUCUUCUUAAAUGGUACCUUGAACAUGGACUGGUGGUCACCAAAGUAUAUCAAGUUGUCGAAUACACCCCUGAAGCAUGCUUCAAGUCAUUUGGCGAUGCUGUUUCGAACGCUAGAAGGGCAGGUGACGUUGAUCCAAGUAAAGCCAUCAUAGCAGAAACUAUGAAAUUGGUUGGUAAUUCCAGUUAUGGGAAGACAAUAACCAACAAAGAGAAGCACAGGGAUAUACAGUUUUGUAGUGAAGACGAAGCUCCAUGA